GUCAACCAUCAGGUGAUCCUGUAGGUUUUUUGUCUCACCCGAAAUUUCCUGCAACAGUGGGAAGCGCAGAGGUCUAAGGACUUGUCAAAUAUCGUGUUUGUUUGGUGCCACAUUGAUAACAACGAAGAUACAACGACUAUUGAAUGAGAUGCCUCAUUUGAAGUGUACACGGAGUUCAGAAUGGAGUAGUGGAGAGAGUUGGGACCACCGAGACUAUUACAUUGGCCAUAAACGCAGAAAACGAUCACAUAGCAGUGAAAGGGAAAAUAGGCGACGCAAGCGCCAUCGUCCUUCAGACAACUAUUACUUGGAAACAAAAUCUGUUAAUGAGCACAUGGAUAACCAUGACGGAAAGCAUGAAUGCAGUGAUGGGUACAAAAUGGAAUAUAGGAAUGGCUGUCACAACAGAGAAUGCCGACAUCAGCGCUACGGCUAUAGUCAUCAAAAUUACAGCAAGUCAGGCAAACCUGAUAGUGGAAUGAGUGAAAAAAGUAGCCGGGAAAAACAUAGGCCUAUAAAACAUCACUCUGGUUCAAGUAAUCAUUCGCACUCGAAGAGUCACCGCCAAAGGAGAUCCAAGAAUGUUGAGGAUGAUGAGGAGGGUCAUCUGGUAUAUCACACUGGAGACAAACUGAAAGCAAGAUAUGAAAUAAUCUGUAAUCUAGGAGAAGGAGCUUUUGGAAAAGUUGUAGAGUGUUUUGAUUUGAAAAAGGGAGUGUAUGUUGCAUUGAAGAUCAUAAAGAACAUUACUCGAUACCGUGAAGCUGCUCGCUCAGAAGUACGUGUGCUAGAGGAAGUGUGUAACAAGGGUGCUGGCACAUAUGGAUGUGUUCAAGUACUGGAUUGGUUUGAUCAUCAUGGACAUAUUUGCAUUGGGUUUGAACUACUUGGACUCAGUACCUAUGAUUUCUUAAAGGAAAACAAUUUCAUGCCAUUUCCAAUGCACCAUAUUAAGCACAUGGGUUAUCAAAUUUGUCAUGCCUUGAACUUUUUGCAUCAGAACAAGCUUACCCACACAGACCUCAAACCUGAAAAUAUACUUUUUGUGAAUUCAGACUAUCACAUAGAAUAUAACAGUAAAACGAAACACGACGACAGAACGGUGAUAAAUCCAGACAUCAAAGUUGUGGAUCUUGGUAGUGCGACAUUUGAUGAUGAGCAUCACAGUACUGUAGUAUCCACCAGACAUUACCGUGCUCCAGAGGUCAUAUUAGAAUUAGGAUGGUCACAUCCAUGUGAUGUCUGGAGUAUAGGAUGUAUAUUGAUUGAAUAUUAUCUUGGUUUGACGUUGUUUCAGACGCAUGAUAGCCGGGAGCAUCUAGCUAUGAUGGAAAGGGUGAUUGGGCCUAUUCCAGCUGGUAUGAUUAGUAGCACACGGAAGCCCAAAUAUUUUCAUCAUGAACAGUUAGAUUGGGAUGAAAAUAGUUCUGCUGGGCGAUAUGUUAGGAAACGCUGCAAACCUUUGAAGGAGUACAUGUCUUCCAAAAUCUCUGAACAUCAGCAACUUUUUGAUUUAAUUGAAAAGAUGAUGACCUAUGAACCUUCAAAAAGAAUACGGCUGGAUCAAGCAUUGCAACAUCCAUUUUUUUCACAUUGAGAAAGAAAGGCCAUGGUUAACAAAAUGAAUUAUUUUGUAGAACUUGUAAAUUAAUUUAUAUUCUCCACAGGAGAAUGGCUAGACUGUGUCAGUCUGUAUUCAAGUUUUUAAUUUGAAAUGGUACAAAUUUAUUAAGAUGCCAUUUUUUUUGGUGUUGUCAUGUGGGCAUGUGCUGGCCUGUUUUGGAACCACUAUUGCUUUGCAGUACUGCAAUUUAUGGAAAGUUUGGGAACCAUUUUCUUAUCUGAAGGUUUUUAUAUUUUACUACCUAAUUUAUUGUAAUGUCAGCAUUAACUGUGCAAUAAAGUUGUAAUUUUUAUCGUA